CCACUAUCAAAUAAAGAAGGUUUAUCCCUCAAGAUCGUCCAACGAAUCGCUCUCGGAUCAGGGAAACGAUCGAUCACUCCUCCACUGAACACUCACCCUCUCAACAGCUUGUUCUUUUAUCUGUGUCAGCAAUAAGCAAGGAGCAUCGGAUCAAGCACUCGGCCGAUCUCUUUGCCAUAUUGUCCCUGCGCCGCCCUUGCUUCAAUGACACUUCAGCAACCGCAGCAGCACAAGCAGCCGAGACACAAGCACCCCUCAGUAUCCGCUACAACCGCCAUAACCACAACCACUACCUCAACAUCCUCGGCUCCCGCCCCCCGGCUUGAUACUAGCAUCAGUAACAAUAACAGCAACAGCAGUAGUGCCAAUCUCAACCGCUCCGUUGAUUACAGGAGCAACAAUACGACGGCCUUCGAUCAUCAUUCGAGCGCCCUAUCAUCACCAGCUCGCCCUGCCAGCGACCCUUCGGUAGCAGAAAAAGAGCAAGCUUUGGCUUCACUCGCGCCGUCCAUUGUCACUGGCAACGAGGGCUCCAGCUCCUCUGGGAGUCGAGACGCUAGGGUGUCAAGGGAUCAGGACAACUUGUCGCAGAGUACAAGAUCGGAUCAGGAUCAGUCACCAGCAACAGAGCCGCAGCAAGAGUUGAACACAGAGGAAUCACCAGGCAUUGGGACAGGAGAAGGAUCUGGAUCUCCAGCAACGUCGUUUGCCAGAAUCACAGCUCGAUGCCAGGAUCACCUCAAACUGUUCUUCUCGAUGCAUCACAAGCUGUUUGACCUUGUGGCCUUCUACGUUGUCAUGUUUGCCAUCAACGGCCAGAUGACCUCGCUUCCGACCCGGCUGGAAUGGAUCGGUUUCUGUGUUCAGUCGAUCGUGGCCUUGCGCAGGGCCUUCCAGACCUCUAUCAAACAUGGCAUCGGAUUGACUUCGUUUUUAGGCAUGUUGGAUCUCCUUGUGGGCCAAUUGUUCCUACACCAGGAUCGACUCGGGCUUCUACCUACAGUCGCCAACAUUCUCGUGUAUUUUUAUGUGAUCAAUCUGACGCGCGGUUUGGUGUUCGGGGACUCUGUCUCCUGCCUACUUUGGUUCCUGUUUGGGCUUAUCGACAUUUAUCGCAAGGACCCAUCCUCGGCCUCGAUUCUUGAUCUGACGCCAUAUAAGGUCAUUCCAGUUCAUACUGUCGGCUUUGGCCUGUACAUCCUGAUGUCUGAGCUCGUUGAUGUGAUGCUCCAGAGUGCCGAACCGGAUCCGAUUCAAGGGCGACAUCUACAUUACGUUGGCGCACAAAAAGGAGGACCCGUUUCCAUACGGUCGUCCUCAAGACGUUCUUCAACACGCUCAAUGGAUCCAUCGAACAAUCUUCGUUUUGAGCUGUGCAUCACCGAGAUCACGCCAUUCACAGUCUCGUUCUGCCUCAAUGCCGUCUCGGAUGCGCCUCUGUCGGGCCAGACGCCUGAACAGGAUGCAGUUCCCAACAACAUAUCAGCAUCAGGAACAAUAGACGGAAGCGCAGCAGGAGAAACGACGACAGUGAGCGAUACGGUGGACCUUUCAACCAUUAAAAUUGGAUCAGCCACAAACUCUUCUUCAUCGUUGUCGGGACACCGACAGUCCAAAUCAAGAACAGCGCCAAGAAUCAUAUCAACAUCCGACAUUGUGAUUCAUGUCAAUUACAUCCCCUGGCAACAAGUUCAGUAUCAUUUCCCGGAUGAACAGAGUUUCACCCUCUAUGGACUAACGCCUUCGACGGACUAUGAGAUCGAAAUGAGAGUUCAUCAGUUUUCCAGUUUUGUGACCCGGAUUGGCACCCGGGCAGCAUCACCUGGCACGCCGAUACCGACGAAAGGGUUUGAAAAGACAGUAACCAAGCAGACGGAAACAGCACCUAAAAACAACAAAAAUCGUAAAAGUAAAAAAAACCAAAGGAAUCAAAGGGACAUUGCAGACAGGAGUGGCGAUCUCAGUAAGUCUAAGGCCUCUGCGACAACGGCCACGUCUGCUUCAACGUCAGGCUCUACUUCAGGAAAGGCAUCGGAAACGACAACGUCCAACAGCGGGACUCUAGUCUGCACGGAAUCCGCUCCCCAGACCCCAACAGCCCAUGAAGACUUGCUGUCAGCAGGGGACGAUAAAAAGAACUCCAACCAAUUGCUGUUCGAGCAGCUGCGGAAGUCCAUACACGCCUCUGUCGAAGCUGCCAGUGCAACCAAGGCAGCGCUCAAAAAGCUGAAGCGAGACCAGAGUAAGGUCGAGGCCUCGUUGCGACAGGAGCUAGAGGGGAUAGGGCGGGGUCAAGCCAAGGCGUUGGUUCAGGAUCAGAAACGCCGACAAAAGCUAUCGUUUUUGCAAGAAUCUAUUAAGCAAGCGGACGCGCAAUCUUCGACACUGCAGGAGGAUCUCGUACAGCUGAGGUCAUCGGCCUUGUCAAGUCAGCCGCAGUUGGACCAGAGCUUGGUGGCGAUCCGGGCAUUGGAGCAAAAGAUCCAGUCGUCACUAGUCAGCGCCAAAGCGGAAGUGGCCCCUCUCAAGGCAGAAUGUCAGCGACUCCAAAGUGAGAUCAAGCAAUUGGAGAGCGAGCGUGCAGAUUGGACUUUGAAAGCGACUAAGCUACGGGAGAGUGAGGUGGCACCACUUCAGCUACGAUUGCAGCGAUUAGAGCAACAGCAAGUCGUCUGGAAGGUCGCCGCAGAGGCUAGCAAGGACAAGGAUCGAGAGGCAGGACUCAAAUUAGCGGCUUUGGAGGAGGAAAUCCAGAAAAAGACGCUCAAGUCACAGCAGCUCGAGAAUGCGAUUGAGGAGUUCAAGAAGGAGAACAUCGUGCUCAAGGAGUCAGUCGAGCAGGAGAUGGAAAUCUGGGAGAGCCUUGAACGCGAAUUGGAUGAGGAUGAGUCACCAACGUCGUCCUUUCCCCUGCAGCCACCGUCAUACGGUACCCAGUAUUUCACAUCGCCAGGGCCGGCGCCGCCGGUCCUCCAACCACUCCAUCAUCAGCAGUUGGAUAUGUCUGUCGAUAGUUCCCUUCGCGACUCGCACUACUGGUUUCCUGCUGGAAAUGGCAUUGGUUCGAGUAGUGAUCCAUGGCUCAAUCCUGCGAGCCCUUUGAUCGGAGGCGGUGUUGGUGUUAGUUCUAGCGAUGGACACGCACGUUCACGGACACUGGGACUGCAGCACAAUGACCCAGACUCUAUUGUGAGCGAGCCGCAGUCGCUUUGGGAGAUGCCUUCUAUACCUUUUUUGGAUGGUACUAGGUCGAACACAAACUUGUCCAAUAUUCUUGCUGAGCGCGAAUAAUAAAGCCCUUGAAAAAAAAAACAGCAUUUGCAACCUCAUCCCAUUCUCUGGUUCAAGCCCUGUCUCGUCUUCCCAUUAUCAUUUUGCUCUUCCCAUAAUGUCAUUGACCAGCACGGCGUGUCUACUCCGUUUGUGCUUGCAAUGUGUAGAGUGUAGUAUUGCAUAUUCAGAG